AUGAUUAGUCAAACCAAAGCCAAUCGAUUGUUGUUCUUAGUCGGACUAGUUAUGGUCGGAUUGAGUUUCGCCAACGUUAUUUCUCGGCCCAAUAAAGAUGACGAGCCUAACCUGUUUCGUAACGGUCAAAUCUAUACCAAUUUGCAAGGAUCACUUGACCAUAAUAGCUACAAAACCAUUAUUCUGCCCAAUAAACUCCAAGUUGUUUUGAUUACAACUCCCGAAAGUGAAACAAGCGCCGCUUGUUUAACCGUUCAGGUUGGUAGUAUGCACAACCCCAGCGACCAUCCCGGUCUGGCCCAUUUUUUGGAACAUAUGUUGUUUAUGGGCACCGAAGCCUAUUCUAAUGUUAACGACUACAACCAAUUUCUCCAGGAUCACGGCGGGAGUAGUAAUGCUGCAACUUCUCUGGAGUACACGACAUAUUACUUUGAUGUUUCAUCAGACUAUCUCGGCAAAGCACUAGAUAUAUUUAGCGGCUUUUUCAAGUAUCCACUAAUUAAGGCUCAAUACCUCGAAAAAGAGUUGGAUGCCGUGCAUAACGAAAUGGAGAAAGGAAUGGGGAAUGAUGUCAGACGAUCUUUUAUACUUGGACAACACCUUACCGACCCCGAGUCUCUACUAUCGAAAUUCGGAGAUGGUUCGCGCGAAACUCUCAAAGAUACCAAACGAGAACAUUUACUUUGCUUUUGGAAGCAGUACUACCGGCCAGAUAAGAUGCGGUUAGUAGUCUAUGGACAAGAAUCGCACGAUGUCCUAGAAGGCUAUGUCAGAGCGUACUUUUCGGAUAUCAAGACCCAUACUGACCACGAGUGGAUCUUUUCCGAUCCGCCCUACGAACUACUGGAUGACGCCCUUCCCAAACCAAACGAAACUGAUACGUCACACGAGCUAACCCGACCGGAUUUACAAAACAAACUGGUAUACUACAAACCCCAGAGCCCUAAAAACACAACAACCCAACUAACUGUUAAAAUCAACCUACCCCAAUCACUCCAUGCAUACGAAGAGAAGACAGUAUCAUUUAUAGUUAGUGUGUUUAAUGAAGGAAAAGAGCUGAAUGGAUUCAACCUGCUAAUCAACAAUAGCAUGAUUGUAUCUGCCAGUUGUUCUUCUUCUAAGAAGACCACUGUAAGUUCUAUAACAGUUGCAGUCAACUUUAAGUCCAGUACGCAGCCACAGAUAGAAAGUGUUCUCAAUCUCAUCCAGGCUAAACUAGAAAUGGUUCGCCAAAUGGGCACACAAGAGCUCUACGAUACUUAUAAGAAGAUAUUCCAGGACCGAAUGGAGGACUACAGUCCCAGCGGACCACGUGCUACGGCUUUAGAGAUUUCCCGAAACCUUCCAUGGAUAGCUUUAGAAGACAUUUUCUCUCUAUCAUACCAAUGGGAAGCCUUCAAUGCCCAGGAAUUCUAUCGUUUUGUUAACAUCGCCCUAGACCGUUCAAAAUGGCUAGUGAUGGUUCGAACAAACGAGAUGCCAGCCGAUACUCCUCUCCAGACCGAGCCUUAUUACGGCAUUGAAUAUGCAGUAGUGGACCUAACUGGCAACACUGAUGCCAAAAUCGAUUCAGUUGCCCAACAAAUGGAAUGGGAUGCCAACUAUGUCUUUGAAGAGGUUGAUUUGACUAUGGCUAGAGAGAACAAUCAACUCUCAGCUAAGUUCGGCAGUUUUAUUACAAACACCAAUCUCUGCCCCUUUAUUGAACAAGACAAACAGGAGUAUGCUAUUUCCCACAGUGAGCCCGGUUUAGACGCCCAUCUUAUCCAUAACAAAGAUAUCACUACGAAAAAGACCAGGGUAACAAUUGUUUUGAAGACUCAGGAGUUUGAAAAGGACGCUGCUAAACACGUAGCUUUCCGUGGAUAUAUAUCCGCUUAUUUGAAGAAGUUCGAUUCUAAGCAUCGCGAGCAAAUCAGGAUAUCUAACACCAAUAUAUCGUCUCUCACUGCUAACACCGAGGAAGUUUGCAUAAUAUUCUACGGUUAUCCACUAGUUAUUCAGAGUCUCAUUGAUUUAUUCUUUGUUGAGUUUGCCGACCCUCGCCAAGAUUAUCUUGCCAUGGUUCAGUUCGCUGCCCCCACUAUGUUUGAGAAACUUCAAUACCUAAAGCCUUUGGAUGCUUGUGUGUCAUUGGGAUUUAGAAUGUACACCCAAACACAGCCUUUUACCCCAACUGAACUCAUUGCGGCUGCCAAGAACAUUAAGCUCGAGGACAUAAUUGUUGUUUCUCAGGCCAAAAUAACUAUCUUUGUGUUCGGAAACACCACUGAAAACGAAUUCCACCAUAUCAUUGCAACAGUCAAGAAACACGUUACACCAACCCCUGCGCCGCAAACUGCCAUACCCGGCACACUAUCAACACGCAUUGAGCUGCCUGCUGAAGACAAGCUUAACAAUGCCAUCAUGUUAAUCCAUGAAGUGACCGAAUUUAGCCCAAUGAGAAACUUUGCGAUAGCAGCAUUGAUUUGCCAAAUCGAAAAAGAGUUGGUCCACACUCAGCUCCGAACCGAAGAAGAGCUUGGAUAUAUUGCCUCUUGCGAACGCAUCCAUGGCUACAAUAAGGACUGGCAUCUCGUCUUUAUUGUUCAGGGGUCGAAAGGCUUAGCCCACACCGAGACCCGCAUACAGGCUUUUAUCCAAGGCAUAGGCGACCAUAUUGCCGGCCUCUCUGAUGAUGACUUCAAGAAGCACCAGGUGUCUCUUAUAACCAAGCUAAAACAAAAGCCUGCCAACAUCACCGAUUAUGCCAGGCGGGUAUGCCUUUAUUGGGAAAACAUUGAAGAAGGUCUGGAAGCCAAGGCCAAAACCCAGGCCAUGAUUACCAGUCUCGCCAAAGAAGAGGUAGCUGCCUACAUGCGCCAUUGUGCCAAUGACUUUGUGACAAUCUGUUCUUCUAACAAGUUUGCUAAGUCAGCAACUGCGCAAUCUACCCAAUAA